AUGCCGUCCACCACCACCACCACCACCGCGCCGCCCGUCUACUCCAUCGGCAUCGUCGGCUCCGGCCUCGGCGGCCUCUCCGCCGCCAUCGCCCUGCGCCGCGCCGGCCACGCCGUCACCGUCUACGAGCGCUUCGAUUUUGGCGGCGAGGUCGGCGCCUCGCUCUCCCUCGCCUCCAACGGCUCGCGCCUCCUCGAGGCCUGGCGCGUCGACAUCCCCCGCGCCCGGCCCGUCGUCCUCCGCGAGCUCGUCCGCCGCGACUGGGCCUCCGGCGACGUCCUCGCCACCUACCCGCUCGGCGACUACCGCGCGCGCUUCGGCACCGACUACAACAACUUUCACCGCAUCGACCUCCACCAGCUCCUCAAAGAGACGGCCGUCAGCCCAGAGGGCGAGGGCGCCCCGGUGACGCUCAAGACGUGGCACAAGGCGACGGCGCUGGACCCGGAGACGGGCGAGGUGCGCUUCGAGAACGGGGUGGUUGCCGCGCACGACGCGGUCGUCUGCGCGGACGGCAUCCGCAGCGCCAUGCGCGGGGAGCUCGGCGUCCAGCCAGAGGUCACCCCGUCCGCGUCCUGCUGCUACCGAUGCAUCAUCACCCGCGAGCGCCUCGCCGAGCUCAACCUCGCCGCGUUCGCCGACGCCAGCGCCAUCGAGUUCUGGGGCGGCCGGGGCACCGACAAGAUCGUCAUGAGCCCCUGCGCCGCCAACGCCGUCGUCAGCUGCUACUGCUUCUACGCCGCCGCGCUCAACGACCUCACCCCCGACGGCUGGGACCACUCCGCCACCGGCGCCAAGCUUGCCGCCACCUUCCCGUCCCUCGACCCGCGCCUACGCCUGCUCUUCGAGAACGCCGACGACAUCAAGAUGUGGCGGCUGUACGACCACCAGGCGUACCCGCACUGGACGCGCGGCGCGGCGACGCUGCUCGGCGACGCGGCGCACCCGAUGAUGCCGGACCAGUCGCAGGGCGCGUGCAUGGCGGUCGAGGACGCGGGCGCGCUGGGGAUGCUGUUCGCGGCCGAGUACGCGGAUGUGGGCGUGCGGGAGAAGCUGGCGCUGUACGAGCGGGUGCGCAAGCCGAGGGCCACGCAGCUGCAGGAUGCGAGCCGCCGCGCGCGGACGGACAUCAACGAGCGGAUUGGCUGGAGCAGCGCGAGCGACCGCUCGGGGAAGCUGACCAUCGAGGAGGUCUGCGGCUACGACAUGCACGCGCACGUGGCCGAGGUGGUGGCCGCGUGGCGCGAGGAAAGGGCAGGACGCAAGACGGAUGGAUGA